UUUUUUUGGCUUAAGUGUAGCCGAACCCACUUUUGGUCUGACGUGGUCAGGAAUUCUGGGUAGCUAUCUUGUCGGCGUGUUUUGCAUUAAAGAAGUUAUUAUUUUAUCACUAUGCCAAGUUGGUUAGGGAUUUCCAGCAAUUGCUUCAAAGGACUUUCAGAAAUUAUAUAGGCUUCUAAGGUCUUCUGGAGCUUUUCCAGAGCUCCCCCCGCUUAGAUGCCACCAACAAUUGCCGAGGAAGCGUCCACAGCGACUGCAGGGAGACACCGAGCCGAAUGGCUAACAGUAUCAAUUACAGAGCAGAAGACAUUAACUGCUGGGCCACCCAUCGAUUACUCCUUCAAGGACUUGAAGUCAGUACUUGACCUCGUAAUGGUGGAACCCACCAGCGGUAACGCGCACAAACCCGCGCUUCCCCCCGACGGCAACCCGCUGGAGUACCUUGAAGCUCUCGCCGCCCAGGACCAGCCCCUGGCCGACUCUGACUCCCUGGGCAUCGGUGCCGUCACGGCGUCGCCACUGCUGGCCCCCGGCACCGCCGCUGGCACCGCCGCCGCCGCCGGCGGCACACCUACCGCCGGCAACAGCGGCAAGCAGCUGCUCCCUGCGCAGCGGAGCUCUGUUACCCAUCCGGCGGCAACCAACACGGUGGCCGCUCUUGGCGCUAAGCUCAACUCUAACUCUCUCAGGCUGUGCAAUAACCAUUUGGUGUCACUUAACGGACUCAAUCGCGUUAUGCGGCACGUGCUGGAGGACCCCUCGCAGUUGGUUUGGCUGGACGUGUCUUCCAACCAGCUAAGCACAAUCGAGGACGCUGUUUUGGAGUUCCCUUCUCUUCAGGUGCUGUAUUACCACGGCAACAAUAUCACCAACAUAAAUGACGUGCUUAAGCUACAGGCGCUUCCCAAGCUGAACAAGCUUACGCUGCAUGGAAACCCUAUCGCAGAGACGAAGAACUAUAAGAACUGGGUGGUGGCCCAUCUGCCGAACCUUCGGAACAUGGACUUCGGGACCAUCACGAAAGUGGAGCGCGACAAGAUUGAAACGUGGUUCAAGUUUACCAAGAAAAAGUAAUAUGUCGUUGUCUCGUUGUGAAAUUGAAGUUACCGUAAAGCGAUCAUAUGGCUGGCUGACAAAGUGCGACCUCUUGUGAGCUGCUUUCGUAACGGUUGAUUUUCCAGGCACUUCGAGAAGCUCCCACCGGAGAUGCGCUGUGUCUUUUUGGCUGCAUAUUUUGGGAUUACCACCGAUGAUGCGCUUGCGCUUUGUAUGAGUAUUGUACCCUAGAUGGGUGCACGCGCUACCCUUGAAACGAAGCGAUGGGUCGUAAACGACCGAGAGCGUCCAUGCUAAAUUCCUCAAAACUGUAAGUAACAUUAUGCCUCG